AUGUUUAAAUUGAAAUUAAACAAAAUGACAAUCAAGAAAUUCUCUACAUCAAGUUUAAAAGGUGACCUCUUUAAGUUUCAAUCUCAAUUACCAAAGUUGCCUGUUCCAAGCUUGGCUGAAACGACAUCCAAGUAUUUGAGAUCAGUUGAACCAUUCUUACAAAAAGAACAGUUUGAGGAAACAAAGAAAAAGGUUGAAGAUUUUACCAAGUCAGGUGGUAUUGGGGAAACUUUGCAGACUCGUUUGACCGAUUUUGCUAAAGGUAAGGAUAACUGGUUAGCUGAGUGGUGGGAUGAUUACGCUUACAUGUCUUAUAGGGAUCCAGUCGUUCCUUACGUGUCAUACUUUUUCAGUCACAAAGACUUGAAAAACGCUAUCGGAAAGGAUCAGAUUUUGAAAGCUACUUUACUUAGUUACUAUACAAUCGAGUUUAUGCUUUCAGUACAGGAUGAAACUUUAGAACCAGAAAUUAUCAAAGGAAACCCCUACUGUAUGAACGCAUUCCAUUAUAUGUUCAACAACUCUAGGGUUCCACAUGAAGGAAGCGAUAUCACAAAGCUGUAUGAUGGCUCCAAAAAUCAGUAUUUUAUUGUUAUAUUCAAGAAUAACUUCUUCAAGGUUCCGCAUCAUAAGGAUGGCCAGCCUUUAUCAAAGUCAGAUCUCUAUAAUCAAUUCCAACUUAUCAAGAAUUCCCCGAUUCCUGAAGGGGAACCAAUUGGAGCUUUGACUAGUUUGAAUAGAGACGAAUGGCUUGCUGCUUAUAACAAUUUGUCUAAGUCUCCAAUAAACCAGUCAAGCUUCGAAACUAUAUUUGCUUCUUCAUUUGUUAUUUGUCUUGAUGACAAUAUUCCUGUUACUAUCGAAGAAAAGUCUAGAAACUGCUGGCAUGGAAAUGGACGAAACAGAUACUUUGACAAACCCUUAGAAUUUUUCAUAAGUGCUAACGGGAAUUCAGGUUUCUUAGGUGAGCAUUCAAAAAUGGAUGCUACUCCAACUGUUCAGUUAAACAACUAUGUUUUAGAUAAAAUCGGUAAAGAGAAUCCGGUUUCUUUAUUAAACGAUAUUGCGUUUAAUAAGGACGUAUCGCGUCCUGAAUUGUUAGAAUUUGACUUAGGCCCAGUUACCAGACAAAAUAUUGCAGGAGCAAUUGAGAAGUUUGACAAGACAAUCGCUGCUCAUGACGAAGAAAUCUUUCAGUACUUUGGUUAUGGUAAGAAUUUGAUUAAGCAAUUUAAAGUUUCUCCAGAUGCCUAUGUUCAAAUGCUUAUUCAACUUGCAUACUAUAAGUUAACAGGCAAAGUAAGACCCACCUAUGAAAGUGCUGCUACCAGAAAGUAUUUAAAGGGCAGAACUGAAACCGGUAGAAGCGUUUCUGUCGAAUCCAAAAAGUUUGUCGAGACGUGGACAGAUGUAAAUGCUACUCCCGAAGAAAAGAUAAAUACUUUUCAGGAUGCUUGUACUCAGCAUGUGAAGUAUUUGUCUGGGGCAGCUGAUGGCAAGGGUGUCGACCGCCACUUAUUUGGCUUGAAGCAGAUGCUUCAGCCGGGCGAGAGCAUUCCAUCUAUAUUCUCGGAUCCAGUAUUCGGAUACAGUUCUUCGUGGUAUUUAUCUACUUCCCAGAUUCCUUCUCCUAACUUCCAAAGUUGGGGAUUUUCACAAGUAAUUGAUGAAGGUUUCGGAUUGGCCUACUUAAUAAACAAUGAUUGGUUACAUGUGCACAUUAGUUGCAAGAAAGGGAAAGGAUUGAGACCCGACUACAUGAAAUGGUAUUUGACCGAUGCUGCUAAUGAAAUGAAAGAUGUCUUAUCUAAGGCACUUAUUCCUAAGGCUAAAUUAUGA